AUGAUUGCUCCCGUCAUACGUAAUAUUCAAGUAGUGUCGAAGCCCAGCCGAGACAUCUGGCUCUUGCCUCACGAGCUGAAGGAGCGGACUGGGAUGAACACAGGGACUUGGAUAAUGCAGACCCCUGAAGGGUUCAUGACACAUCGAGAGUGCAUUGAGUUGGGAGUAGGUGGUAAGGUUAUCUUUGCUAUCAACAAUGGUGCACAGAAAUGGUGCUGA